AUGGGAGCAACCCCUUUUUAUCAUUCUAUCUUCGAGGUCCGGUUACCAAAGCACUUCGAUAAGCCAAUAGACAUGAGGAAAUACCUAGACAGGUUCAACGACAAGUGCUUGGAGAUCGACGGCCUAACCGACUCGGUGGCCAGUUUAUGCUUGACGAAUGGAUUGCGGAACGAGGAUUUCAAAAAGCACCUUACCACCAAACCUGUGUGGACGAUGCAAGAAAUCCAAAACGUGGCCAGGGAGUUUAUCAAUGAUGAAGAGGUUAGCCAGGUUGUGGCGACCAACAAGUGGCAAUCCGUCUACAAUCAACCUCGACAGCCCGGUAGCGGGGAAAGGCCAAAGGAGCACUCCAAGGAUGGAGCUCCGGCCAAGGCCUUCAAGCCGUUCCCCCGGGUUGGGAAUUUUACCAAUUACACCCUACUGAGAGCCCCGAUUGUGGAAGUUUAUCAGCAGAUCGCCAAUAAAGGCAUCUUGUCGAAGCCCCGACAACUCAAAGACAGAACAGGAGGGAACAAAAACAUCUAUUGCGACUACCAUAAGGGGUAUGGCCACACGACUCAGGAUUUUUUGGACCUGAAAGACGCUCUAGAGCAGGCAAUCCGGGAAGGCAAGCUGGCAGAAUUCUCUCACCUCCUAAGGGAAGCAAGGAGACGAGACCGUGAUCGAACUGGUGACGAUAAGAGCCAUGCUGUGAGGCAGCGACAAGAGCCUGAGGAGGACGGCGAGCGUGGCCUCGCUAUCGUGAAUAUCGUGGUUGGUAGAGACGUGCCUCCUAGGUCCAAGUCGGCGAGCAGAAAAGAUGCCAAAGUGUUAGCCGUGUCAUCAUCCAGUUCCAUGUUUCCCUCCAAGAGGAUACCGCCAAUAUCAUUCGGCCCUGAGGACCAAUGGUUUGACGAGCUACCAGAGAAACCUCCCAUGGUGAUCACAGCUAGAGUUGGAACCGGCUUGGUAAAGCGAAUCUUAGUAGAUACUGGAGUGGAUUCAAACAUCAUGUUUCGCAAUACGUUUGAUGCUUUGGUCCUCCGAGACACCGACCUAAAGACCCACCAGCAUGGCGUGGUCAGUUUAGGAGAUAACUUCAUCAAACCUGAUGGGAUAAUCUCAUUACUAAUAUCCGUAGGAGGACGAGGUAAGAGGUCGGUAAUAGCGGAGUUCGUGGUCUUAAGGAACUCCACGGCCUACAACCUGAUCCUAGGAAGAAGAACUAUAAAUGAACUCAGAGCAGUGAUUUCCACAAAGCUACUAGUGAUGAAGUUUGUCGCUGACGAUGGGUCAAUUGGAUCCAUCAGAGGAGAUUUGGAGACGGCGGUCGCUUGUGACAACGCCAGUCUCUCCCUAAGGAGGAAGUCUAAAGAAGCAUCCGGGGUCUUCUUAGCUGAUCUAGAUGCCAGGGUCGAUGACAAACCGAGGCCAGAACCCGAAGGGGACCUAGAGAAGUUUAGGGUCGGCGAUUCGAAGGAAAAGUUCACCUUCGUGAAUAGAAACCUCCCCCAAGGCUUGAAAGGACCCCUGGUGGAAAUGAUCAGAGCUAACGGUGAUCUAUUCGCCUGGACGCCAGCCGACAUGUCGGGGAUCGAUCCCCAAUUCAUGUCGCACCACCUAGCUGUGAGAGCAGAAGCCAAGCCGGUGGCACAAAGGAGGAGAAAAAUGUCCCAAGAAAGGGCAGAAGAGGUGGCUAGGAAAAUGGCCAGCCUGCUAGAAGUAGGAUUCAUUCGAGAACUAGACUACGCGACCUGGUUGUCUAACAUAGUCUUAGUUAAGAAAGCCAAUGGGAGAUGGAGGAUGUGCGUGGGCUAUUCCGACCUCAACAAGACGUGCCCCAAGGACUCCUUCCCUCUUCCCAAUAUUGAUGCCCUUGUUGACGCGGCCACGAGAUACCGGUAUCUGUGUUUUAUGGACGCGUACUCUGGCUAUAACCAGAUACCGAUGCACCGGCCAGAUGAAGAGAAGACGUCGUUCAUAACACCAGGAGGAACGUACUGUUAUAAGGUAAUGCCGUUUGGACUGAAGGAUGCGGGAGCUACGUACCAAAGGCUAAUGAAUAAGAUAUUCAAUGGUCUUAUCGGCAAGACGGUGGAGGUGUACGUAAACGAUAUUCUAGUAAAGACCACCCGGGCCGAAGACCUCAUCGGUGAUUUAGAGAACGUGUUCACUUCUCUUCGGCGGCACGAUAUGAGGCUCAACCCACUCAAGUGCGCCUUCGCUGGAGGACGUGAAAUUUUUGGGGUUUAUGAUAACCCAAAGAGGAGUGGAGGCCAACCCGGAGAAGUGCAAAGCAAUCUUACAAAUGAAGAGCCCAAAAUGCGUAAAAGACGUGCAGAGACUGGCAGGAAGGCUAACCGUGCUAUCUCGAUUCCUCGGAGCGUCAGCUGCCAAGGCCCUACCCUUUUUCAACUUGAUGAAAAAAGGGAUAGCGUUCGAAUAGACCCCAGCCUUCAAGGAAGCCUUCCAUCACUUCAAAAGCAUCAUCUCCUCACCACAUGUCCUCGCCGUCCUGGUGCGGGAAGAAGGAAGGUUCAGCAACCGGUCUACCUCGUAAGCAAGGCGCUGCAGGGGGCAGAGCUGAGAUAUAGCAAGUUAGAGAAGCUGGCCUACGCACUCCUGACCUCUUCCCGCAGGCUCCGGCAAUAUUUCCAAGGGUACCAGAUAAUUGUUAGAACGGACCAGUACAAACCCAGGCAUGCGAUCAAGGCCCAAGCCAUGGCCGACUUCCUGGUCGAAGUAACGGGAAGCCUCCCCGAGCAACUGAGCACACGGUGGAAGCUUCAUGUAGACGGAGCCUCCAACCAGACGUUCGGGGGAGCAUGGACCAUCUUGGAAAGUCCAACCGGAGUCAUAUAUGAGCAAUCGGUCAAGUUUGAGUUCUCAGUGUCCAACAACCAAGCAGAGUACGAGGCCCUUCUUGGCGGCCUACUCCUGGCAAAAGAGAUUAAUGGGACAUACCAGGCCAUAGAUUCACUAUUACAAAAGUAUUUGGAGAAGGUCAAGAAGCUGAGCCAGGAGUUCGAUGAGGUCACGGUGCAACACGUUCCGAGAGAGAGGAACACCCGGACUGACCUCUUAUCAAAGCUGGCAAGCACGAAGCCAGGAACGGGUAACCGAUCUCUGAUGCAAGGCUUAGAGAAGGAACCAACGGUGGCCCUGCACAUAACACAGGCAACCGACUCUCCUUCCUGGAUGGACCCAAUCAAAGAUUACCUUGAAAGAGGCAGUCUCCCUAGUGAUGACAAAACGGCAAAGGCGCUAAGAAGAGAAGUGGCCAAGUAUACAAUAAUACAAGGCCAGCUAUUCAAGAAAGGGCUUAACCAACCCCUAUUGAAGUACUUGCACCCCGGCCAAACGGACUAUGUGCUAAGUGAAGUCCAUGAGGGGUGUUGCAGCCAUCAUAUUGGAGGGAAGGCCUUAGCACAAAAAAUCGUCAAGGCCGGUUACUACUGGCCCUCGAUAAUGGCGGACUCCAAAGAGUUCGUGAAGAGAUGCAAGAAAUGCCAGGAGAACGACAACUUUCACAAAGCAUCGACAGCCAAACUAAGCCUGCUCAUGUCCUCCCGGCCAUUCUCACAGUAG